AGUCACUGUUGAAUACCAAUCUGCACUAACGCAUUAACAAUAAUAUGAAAUGUUAUUACAGAAAGUCUGCUGUGUGUUAUAUGACGAAGGUGCUUCCUGUUUCACUGCUUUUCCCUAUCCUGCCAUACCUUACAGGCUUGCCCUACCUUACAGGCUUGCCCUACCUUACAGGCUUGCCCUACCUUACAGGCUUGCCCUACCUUACAGGCUUGCCCUACCUUACAGGCUUGCCCUACCUUACAGGCUUGCCCUACCUUACAGGCUUGCCCUCGUUCAGAUCUUACAACAGUGGUCAUAGAAGCUGAACAUGAACUCUGCUCCACCGUAAACUCAUUAUUAUUGUAAGGAGUCACGUAGAUAGUGUGUGUUGAGUAUAAAAUAGUACAGUACGUGUGUGAAGAUGAAGGCCUAUAGUUUGCUGUGUUUAAUAUUUCUACUCCCUGUCACAGUUAUUGGACAAACGACACCAGAUCCAAGUUGUGUAACAGUAGAUGACUUUGAAGUGUGCACAGGAACUGCAUAUACAUGCAAUGCUGAGAAAAGCAAAUGCUACUGUAAGGACAAGAAACCUUUCUGUAGGUGUAACAACUACAUAGACAAGUGGUACAUAGGGGAGAAGUGUGACUUUGAGUGGACCAUAUUGAACUUUGCCCUGGUAUCAUCUCUACCAGGACUGGCCCUGGCUGUUAUUGUUGGUGUGAUGGUCCAGUGUGUCCAUUACUUAAGGAAACCAGCAAAGAAACAAAAGGAUCGCACAACGAGUUACACAAACUAUGCAAUGUCACCGACAACAUAUUAUGAAAAUAACCAAGAUGACAUGUUCUCCAACACAGUGUUUGCCUCAGACAUGCCGAAUCGGCCAAAGCCCCCCAGUGUCCAGCCCACCCAGGAGAGGUUUCCCAUAUCCAACUUACCCAACCGCCCUUACAGCCUUCAACCAAACGGCAUGCGGCCCACUUUAGAUAGAUUGUCUUUGACCAACCCUACAAGCCAGCCAUACAACUAUGCUACAGGUAUGACGCAGCCCCUGGGUAACCUCUAUCCCAAGUCUCCAUCGCCAAGGAACCCGUAUGAAGACAGAGCGCCACCUCCAGACUGUUAUGACGACCAGCACAUGAGACCAACACAGCCCCCACCAGGACACAACGGCAUGAUGAGAGAAGGCAUGUCUGGGUAUCCUGCGCCCAGUUCACCUGCUCCCCUCUAUUCAGCACCGGAGUACAACCUCAGUUCCCAGUUUCCCAGAGCCCAGAUAGGGAGACACUACUGAGGACAAACAGGAGUGACCAUGGCCUGAAUUAGAACGCCACCAAUUUCACUAUCACAAUUCAAAAAAGUUCAACUCGUAUAUAAUUUAAAGUGAGUGGAAAAUGUAAACAUUCAAGGACUUUGUCAACUUUAAUUUAACGUACUAAAAAAUGUAUUGUGGCUGGCUGCUAAGUUUUAUGAGUAAUCCCCAUUGACUGAUUAUGAAAUUUGCUCAUAUUUUUGCAGUUUUAAGAUUUAUUGUUUGACAAUUUUGUAACUAAUAAAGGCUAUUAUUCCUAGAUUCAA